AUGUCCGACGAGAUUGUCCAGCCUGUGCCGCCCGCACCUGGCCACGAAGAUGAGGAAGGACCCGAGUUCUUGACGGAGGACGAUGUGCUCGAGGUCGAGGAGGUCGGCGGCGACGACCAGAUGGCGGUCGAGUCGGACGACGAUGACGACAUGCAGGGAGACGAGGACGCAGAUGGGCAGGGCACGAGCGGAGAGCGAGACGAUGCGAUGGACAUGCUCGACAACGGCCUCGACGACUCGGUCGCGGUCGCCCAGCUUCACCGCGCAGAGGAGGGCGCGGUCUUCUGCCUCGCCAUUCACCCUUUCGCUGCGACGCUCGCAGUCUCGGGCGGAGAGGACGACCAGGCGUACGUCUUCCGCACCGACACGGGCGCGCAGGUCGCGCAACUCUCGGGCCAUACCGAUUCCGUCACGAGCGUCGGGUGGAGCCACGACGGCGGCCUUGUGGCGACGGGUGGAAUGGACGGCAAGGUGCGCGUGUGGAAGGUGCGGAGACCCAGCAGCGACAUGCCUUGGGAGGAAGCGGGCUGGGAAUUCCUCAUCGGCUUGGAAGGUCCGGACGAGGUCAACUGGCUCGACUGGCACCCGAAGGGCAACGUCUUGCUCGCAGGAGGAGCGGACGGCACUGUCUGGCUGUGGAAUCUCCCAUCAGGCGAGACGAUGCACGUCCUCUCGGGCCACACCACUCCCGUCACUUGCGGCCGUUUCACGCCUGAUGGCAAGAAGAUCUUGACCGGAUCGGAGGACUCGACUUUGAUCCUGUGGGAUCCUCGAACCGGCCAGCCCGUCCACAAGCUGUCCCCCUCUGACGCCCGCUUCCGCCUCGAAGGCGGCAUCAACUGUCUCGCUAUCAACCCCGCCUCGACCGUCGCAGUCCUCGGCGGCGCCGAAGGCGGAUUGCGGGCGGUCAACCUGGUGCAGGGUAGCGUCUUGGCGCAGAUGGAGGGGCACGAGGAGGGCGCGAGUAUCGAGAUGGUCGCUUUCAACGAGAUUCCGACGAUUGGGGGCGCGAGCGGCGCGAGUGUGACUGUCAUUGUCAGCGUUGGGACGGACGGCAGGGUCUGUACCUGGGAGGCGAGCGGGUUCAGGCUGCGGAAUACGGGGACGCACGAGGACGCCGUCACCUCCCUCUCUUUCUCACCUCAUACUCCGACUUUCCUCACCGGCUCGGCAGACAAGACGCUCAAGCUGUGGGACUACCGUACCGGCUCGUGCUUGCGCACUCUCCUCGGCAACAAGGAUGUCGUCCACGCCGUCAGCGUCAGCAGGGAUGGCCGGGUCGCGGUUAGUGGCAGCGAGGACGGGAGCGUUAGGACGUUCAGGCUGGAUUGA